AUGAUCGUGAACGUGUCGGAGCUGGUCUGGGACGAGUCCUCGGGCCUGGGGCCCCUGGAGCCCCUGGAGUCCCUGCUGCCCCUGGCCCCCCCGGCCCUGACGGCGUGGGGCGUGGCCCUCUGCGUCUCGGGGACCCUCAUCGCGGCGGAGAACGCGGUGGUGGUGGCCACCAUCCUGGCCACGCCCUCGCUGCGGGCGCCCGUCUUCCUGCUGCUGGCCAGCCUGGGCCUGGCCGACCUGCUGGCGGGCGUGGCCCUCGUCCUGCACUUCCUGUUCCUGUUCUGCCUGGAGCCCAGCGAUUGGUCGGAGCUGCUGACCUCGGGGCUGCUGGUCACCUCGCUGAGCGCCUCGCUGUGCAGCCUGAUGGGCGUGGCCCUGGACCGCUACCUGUCCCUGAGCCAGGCGCUGACCUACGGCUCGGGCCGGUCCCGGCGCCGCGCCGCCGCCCUGCUGCUGCUGGUGUGGGCGGCGGCCUGCGCUUUGGGGGCGGCGCCCGCCAUGGGCUGGCACUGCCUGGGCGAGCCGGGCUCCUGCUCGGUGGCGCGGCCCCUGACCCGGACCUACCUGUCGCUGCUGUGCGGCGGCUUCCUGGUGGUCGUCGCGGCGACCCUGCAGCUGUACGCCGGCAUCUGCCGGGUGGCCCGGCGCCACGCCCACGCCAUCGCCACCCAGAGGCACUUCCUGCCCGGCGGGCGGCCGUACGCCGGGCGGGGGGGCGGGGGGCGGGGCUUCUCCCGCCUGCUGCUGGUGCUGGGCGUGUUCGUGGGCUGCUGGAUGCCCUUCUCCCUCUGGGGGCUGCUGGGCGACGCCUCCAGCCCGCCGCUCUACACCUACGCCACGCUGGCGCCCGCCGCCGGAGGCUCCCUGCUCAACCCCAUCCUCUACAGCCUGAGGAACAAGGACAUCCGCAGGGUGCUGCUGCACGCCUGCUGCCCCCGCCGCAUCUCACGCGCCACGCACGUGCACAACCCCGUGGACGUGUAG